CAGAAAUCUUCUACUGCGGAGCACUACGCAAAUUUGUCCAGACGUAUCGAAAUGCGUGCGGAAUUUCCAUCAGCGAAACUUCGACAUUUGCUUGCGCAUGACAAGCUAUGCGACCAGCGACGAUGCGGCCAGCACUGAGCCUGGGAGGCCAAUACAUAUGUGCGAAUUGCCAUCGUGCUGGGCAAGACGUUCUUCGGUACCCCAGUUUGCGACCGCUCCAUGCAUCCCCAAUCUUUCAGCGUCGUCCGCGGCGGCGAGCUUUCUUCUCUACCAAUACUUCGUUGCAAAGUCAGACAGCCCAGAGACAAGAUGUGCAGCAGGAGAGCGUAGCAGCCGACUCGGCGUCUAUCCAAGCACAGAAGAGGAAGACAGCUCGUCCUACCGGCACCAAGACGUCCCUCCGAAGAGUUGGAUUGGAAGCACAGAGAUCAAAAGCCGGAAAUUUGAUACAAUCGAGCACCAAGACACAAGAAGAUGUAGGGACACCAAAAAUGGUAACGGCAUACGCCGUGGCAGAGCAAUUCGACCUAAGCAAAGUCGUUGAGAUCCUUCGUGGGAAGGGCUAUGAACCCGAUCCGCUGGGCACAGGUCUAUUUCCGCAGGUGAUCCACGUUCAAGUCCCUAUAUCAUCCAUCUACCGCUCGACCAACCCGGGCGCCGUCGAUUUGUCGUCCAGAGAGGUAGGCGAUGUUUUCAUCUUCCCCUCAGGUACAGUGGUGACAUGGGCUCUUCCCGAAGGGUUCACCUCGUAUUUUGCGACUCGCACUCUGCUUCCCGCCGCCGAGAACCCUCACAAAGAACCCAUCGAGACCGAGGACUUGGAUUACAUAGAAGAUCCCAAUCGUGAACACAGCGUCAUUCGUGGAGACACAAUUAUCCUUGGCACAAAGAGGAACGAGCAAGCCUCACAGGACACGAGUGACGAUGAAACCGAAUCACAAUAUCAAACGGUCGAUACGGUUCUGACUAAGAUCGCCUUCUCUUCCGGCUUUGCGCGCAGCACCAAACUUGCUGUUCUCGAGACCAAUCUGUCCGCCUAUCUUGCCUCCACAGCUGACAUACCCGCCUUGCUAUCCAAAGGCUCACGCCUGCCCUUCAGACUUUCUCGAGGCUUCAUUCUCCGCAAGACAGGCCAACUCCUUCUUCUCCGUGCGCAAUUGAAUUUGUAUUCGGAGUUGACAGAUUCCCUUCCCGAUAUUUUCUGGGAUUCGCGCCACGAGCUCAAUCUGGAAAACUACUACGACCAGGUAGGAAGGGCACUGGACGUCGGUAUUCGAAUCAAAGUGCUGAACGAGAAGAUGGAUUAUGCGGCGGAGAUUGCGACUGUCCUGAGGGAGAGACUCAGUGAGAAGCACGGCUUGUUUCUCGAAUGGAUGAUCAUUAUCCUCAUCGCUGUGGAAGUGGGCUUCGAGAUCCUGAGAUUACGUCAAGAGGGUUUCUUCGAGGAUGUCGGCAAAGAUGGGAAAAGACAUAAAAGGCGUAAUGGGGAAAGAAUUCUUGAAGAUACCACUACAUAGACGAGAGACGGUUAAUACGUGCUCGACAUCG